AUGUCUCCCCCCACCCAGACGUCCAAGCCGGCAGUGCCUAUUGCGCUCUCCGCCGAUGCCAUUGACGACCUCAUCUACGACUCCCGAGCCGGAGAUCUCGAGGCUCUGACUACCGACAUUACCAGCUUGGCUGCCCAACACAGCUGCUCUGAGGAUAGGAUCGUUGCAUCUGCCAUCGACAUGGAAGAUGAGAGCGAAGGCGGCACCGGCUCUUGUGUGCUCCACUUCCCUGCUGCGAAUGGCAACAGCGAAAUCCUGAACUUCCUGCUUCAAAAACUCUCUACCGCAGACGCUGCUCUGCGUACGGCGUUCGUCAACCACCGCAACCACUCCGGCAACACACCGCUGCAUUGGGCUGCGCUCAACACGCACUUGGAAUGUGUCAAGGCACUCGUCGAGGCCGGCGCUGAUGUUACCAUCAAAAAUGAUGCGGGCCACGAUGCCGUGUUCUUGGCUGAGCGCGCUGCCUGGUCUGCCUCUGCAGAAGAGGUUGAUGAGAACGAGGAUGAGACCCAAGAGAUUGAGAUGACUGUUGGCGAGCCCGAGGGCCAGGGUGAGGGCGAACAGCAGCCUGCCGGGGAAAUGUCUGCAGGCAGACAAGUGGUUGAGUGGCUGCUCAGCUCGGAGAAAGCGGCUGCGUUGGAAAGUAGUGCUACCGAGGGCGAGGGGUCGGCGUGA